AUGAACCCGUUGGACACAAUUCUAUCUAAUUGGAAAUACUGGAAAGUUCUCGUACUUUCUUGUGCUUCGUUUCUAGUCACAGAUGCAACUGCUGACCUGACCAAAGGACAACCCAGUCUUUUUCAUUACAGUCACUGUGACCGGUAUCUGCACUGUCACCUGCCACCUUGGCGCAAGACAUUGAACCCAAAGUUGAACCUUCUUGCCGCUUUUGGAUAUCUGCCACCAAAAUACUUACUAAGGCAACAGGGAAUGUCCAGCAUUAUGGCUACAGAUAUCGUACCCUUACUUGAUGCCAUCUUCGCAGAUUGUGUCACUUUCAUGCGCAACUCAAAGACCGACUCGCUUCGCGUCGCUCUUGCCACGACUGUAUCUCAGUACUGCGAUGCAGUGCUUGAAUACCUGGCAAACAAAGGGCUCACUAGAAGUGAAUACGUCAGAACUUGGAUCCAGUUCUCUAGACACGCUGCCUCAGCCUACCUGAUAAUAUUCUCCAACUGGCUGCCGUUCGUAAAAGACAAACAGGUAGGUCUUUAA